AUGUCCCCAAUAUUAGAAUUUAAAAAUUUGAGGACGUUACAUUUGGAAAAUAGUAAAGUGGAUGAAAUCGAUGUACCAGAAGAAAUUAAAUCUGCUUCAUUCCCAAAUAUUCGGGAGGUUACAGUGAAAAAUUUUGAUGGGGAGUUGUUAAAUAGCAUGACAACUUUUAUUGAUAUCAAUGGAUAUGGACUCAAAUCUCUGGAGAUUGGUGGGGCUCCAAGUGAUCGUGAUGAUCUGUCGUUGCUUCUUUCUUCAAUUGGAAAUUGUUGUAGAAACUUGGAGGAUUUAACAGUUUUUUAUGCAAAUCAUUUGCAUUAUUACUUAAACGACAUAUUUCGUAAUUGUAGACGCUUAAAAAAAAUCUAUCUAAGAUUAAUUGGCGGUAUCGUCAUUUUUGUUGAUGACAUAGUCACCGCAUUGAUAGAAACACAACCAAAAAAUUUAAAAAGUAUCAAAUUUGGAAACAACAUUAAUGUAACUGAUACCGCAAUUGUGUUUUUAUGUAAAAAGUGGUCGGGUCCCAAACCUUUCUUAUUAAGUUAUAGCAAUUAUAAACAACAUUCUAUAGAUGCAGUAUCACCGAUUCCCGUGCUAGAUAGAUGCAUGAUUAUGGGAUUUUUGGAAUACGAA